AAAGAAAAAUCACCACAAAUCUUUUUGUGUUCCUGGCACCUGCGGUUUCUAGGAUAUCGCACGUUUAUUCUCUACUAACGACCUGAUUUCAGGACGGUCGGUACAGGACGUGUGCGCUUUAUCACGAAGGGAAAGCCAAGGUCGCGGCUACUAUCAUGGACUACCGAAAGUGAAGCGUAUCGAUUAGAGGAGCGAGCAUAACGCAAUCAAAUGUCAAACGUGAUACACCGUGCGCUCGACGCGGCGACUUAUCCCCGAUAGAGAGAAACGAGCAAAAGAACGAGAGAGAACGGCCCGUUUUCUUUUCCGAGGGCCUGCGACGGGGAAAACGUGAUCCCGGUCGGGACAUGCUUGAGAGAUCACAUCCGAUACACAGUCGCACUCGUAACACCGUUGCGUUUUCUAUGCAAUAAUCGUCGCUGUGCCGAAAACACACAUCGCCGCUCGUGAUUUUUUAUCAAGUUUAUCCUCGAUCUCCCCCCUUCUUCACCCUCUCGGUGUCAAUCGACCGCCCAGUACCUCCCGCCUACUCUUUACACACGAACGCAUACACACACACACACGCACACAUCGCACACAUAACGCACACACACACAUAUCGAAAAAUACGCACACAUACGUACAGAUACUCCAUCCUCACAGCUUCCCAGUGUAUCGCGAGUUCAAACGAAAAGUCGGCCUAAUCCAGAGUCGCUACAGACGUGCCUUUAGAUUGGCAGUGAGUAGUAAGCAUCUAAAGAGAGCGAACAAAAAAAAAAGAAAUAAAAUAAAGCAUCGUUGCUGUUCAUGUAGGUCAAUUAUAACACCACGCCCAGCCGUAUAAUCCGGUACGACGAAAGUGGUGCUACGGAAGAAAGAAAAAGAGAGAGAAAUAUAUAAAUAUAUAUAUAUAUAUACGUAGAUAUAUAUAGAGAGAUAUAGAGAAGUCUAGAAAAGGUAAAGAAAGUGGGAGAGAAGAAAAAAAAAAGACGAGAGGAAGGGAGAAAGAAACCGAGAGUAAAGGGAAGCGCGAUUUAAACGUUAAUGAUUUGUAAAAUGGCGGUUUGCAUGUUUUGGCUUCUCACGUACGUGGGACAGGGGCUGGAUCUGGCGGUGGGUAAUCGACCCGUGAUCAUACAAGUGCAGGACACACAGGGACUGGAUUAUCGUCAUGGAAGCGGUAGCAUUAGAAAGAAGAGCGAGCUGAGCAGCUCGGUAGGUAACAACCUGUUGCACCUGAGGUUAUAUCCUUCCGAUGGUCCCCACCGGGACGACCUGUCGAACUGGCUGGUCUUCAACGACGAGCCGCGGAUAUCCUCGUGGUCGCCCGCGGGCAUGCUAAUCGACGACAUUGUGAAGGAGCCGCGGGAGCUCCAGAACGUGUUCUUCGCCCUGUCGCCCGCCGUGCUGAAUGUCCUUUAUUCCGAGCACGCGACGUCGCAGCAGUCCCACGCGACCACCGCGGCGGAACCCUUCGUUUACGACGAGGGCAAUCAGCUCAUUAACGGCCGGCACCAGCAGCAGCAGCAGCUCCAUCAUCAGCGCGCGAAGAAACGGCGCAUAGGCUGCCGACAUCCGAAGGGCCCGCUCAGCCUGCCGAUACUGGUCUGCGACGAGGCCGGCAGGAAGACUACUACUCUUCAGGAACCCAGACAAUCGAAUUACGACGAUCUCUACGCGGAGCAGAGAUUUAACACUGCGACGAAGACUGAUCUCGCGCGCGCCGAGGGCGGCACGCCUGUUAACUUAUCCCCGAACGGCGGCUUCAUCCCGAGGACCCUCGUCUACGAGGCUGGUAAACCACCUGGAAGCAAGCGGAGUCAGAUAACGGUCGGACGGCGGUCGAUCGACGCGCAAGGCGAAUCCCCGGGACACCAGGCUCAAGGUUCCUCGGCGUCCUCGACAUCGUCGGCCGGCACGAGCAUCGCUUCGCAGCUCAUGCUGCGAUCCAUCCGGGGAAGCAUACAAUACGACGUGCCGCAGAUCGAAUGUCCAGUUUCCGAAGAUGGAAUGGAAAGAUUUGCUUGUCCGACCGCGGAUAGAAUGGGCAGAUUUCAUUGCAUCGAUGAUCAUGUCUUGUGCGACGGCUUUUUAGAUUGUCCCACAGGCGAGGACGAAGACAGACAAGCCUGCUUGUUUUACAAAACUACAAAAGCGCAUUUGGACGUAUUAGCGGAUGCCAUACUACGAUGGGCAAGAGGACGCUAAUUCCUUCUUUGUUGACGAUAAACCUCUGUACAUAAAAGUCACAAGUCUGAUACGUCUCUACUUCUUUAUAUAUUCAUCAAUAUCUUAUAUCUUUUUCUCUUACAUUAAAUCUAUUUUCCGGAAACUGUUUUUUCUCUAUGUUUGGCGCAUAGAGACGUUCAUAUUGAAAUCAAACUCAGGGGAACGUUAAGAUGAACCGUCUCUCUCUCUCUCUCUCUCCCCCCUCUCUCUCUCUCUCUCUCUCUCUCUCUCUCCUCUCUCUAUCUCUCUUCCCUUCUCUGUUUCCCCCACAGAAGUGAUUAUGAUCGCUCGACUUAAUCUCCGAGGAGACAUGGCAUGGUUCUAACUACACUAAAAAUCGGUUAGCAAGGUCUAUCGUAACCAAAAUAUCCUUACAUAAAGUACAAAUUAAGGUGUCCGAACUUUUAGAAUGUUAUAAAUAAAGUUCGUAAGAGAGUUAUGGCAUUUUAACGCCGCUGUGUGUGGCGCACGAGAGUACCCGACUUGGAUAAUUUCAGUUUUAAGCAUCUACUAGCUAUACCACAGAUGAUGUAUUACGAUUUCAUAUUGAGCGAUUUCCGCGAGAUCGUACUAACUCUUUAACGACUUUAUUUUGGUACAAUAAAGUAAUUUUGAAGACUGAGAACUAUUUACUUCAUUCCCAGAGUAAAACACGCGGCUUCACCGUCGCGCCGAACCGAUAGGAGCGUACGAUCGUAUCGUUUGGCAAGGAACGGGCACGUGUACCUAGAGACUUCCUCCUAGAGUACUUCCUACGAGAUUGUAAAAGAAAUGUAUUCGCGUUCAAUCAAACCACUCCGCAAGACGUUGACGCGUAAGCGCGAACGUAAUAAAAUCAACGUCGAUUCGGUCUUCUGGAAGAAACGUCUCCUUUCGCCUUGUGCACGCUCUAUGUUGUCAUCGAUAUCUCUAAACGUUUAUUUCGAAUUUAUGGAAAAAAAAAUAAACAAUGUUCAAAUAAAAACAAAGCGAAUGCAUUCAGCAAAAAAAAAAGAAAAAAAUAAGAAAAAAAACUUUGUGAAGAUUGAUUGCGCUUCACCGAAAAACCUACUUUGAAAUACCGAGUUAGGAAUUAUUAGAGAGAAAUUUAUUAGAGAGUUAUUUGCUGUUGUAUGCCUUGCGUUCUGCGACGUUUAUUUACGAGCCUUUAUCACACAUAUUCAGAAAUUCACAAAUAUAUGUAUCGAUAUUGCUGUGAAAUUGAUGAAAAUGAAUUUCUCCUAUGUUAAACAUUUGAUGUCCAAGAAUUAUGACUUAACGGUAACAUAAUAAUACAUAUAUAUUCCAA